CCGAUCCGAACAUAUCAGACCAGACUUCCUCUUACUAGCAGUCGGAGUAGAUUCCCAUUUUCUGCCCUCAAUCCGGGAAUCUCGAGGUAGCCAUGGCGUCCGGCCUGUGCAGUGUUGUUGUCUUGGUUUUAUGUGUGGUUCUGGCCCCUUCUGUAUCUGCAGGGGACAAUCACUGUAAGUCCUACACAGAUUUAACCAACACCUACAUUUCAUCAAAAUAUUGCUACUCUGGAUUUUGCUGUGGUUCCUGCAUGAACAGAUACUGCUGUCAAAGUAGUUUCCUGCGGCUUCCUGAGGAUGAGCAAGAUGAAUGUUCUUCUUACCAUGAUAUGACACCCUUGUCCAUGGUCCUUGGUAUAAGUACUGUUGUCGUCAUCGUGCUCAUCUUCAUCUGCUGCUGUGUCUGUCCCUGCUGCUGCCUGUACAAGGCAUGCUGCAAGCCACGACCUGUGGUAGCGACAACCACCCACACAACAGUGGUCACCACUUCUCCUCAGCCGUACCCCCAGCAGUCGACUACAAUGCCCAGUCAGCCUCAUUGCUACCAGGGGGCCCAGUAUUCGUCCUACCAGCCCGUACCAGUGCAGCCAGGAUAUGGAACCCAGCCCAUGCCUCAGGGCUACGGAGCUCAGCCCAUGCCCACGAUGCCUUACUCGGGCAAAAUGUUCACACCAGGACCACCUCCAACAUAUCAGGAAGCCACCGGUCCCGCCUACCCUCCCAAACUGAUGCCUUACAGCCAGGCUGCGUUCAGCCCCGGCCAGCCAGCGUACCCUAUACAGCCUCCCGUCCAGCCACAGCCCAACGCUCCGCCCGCACACACAGACUACCAUAACCAGCCUGCAUUCAACCCAGAUUUUGUUGCACCAUAGACUAUAUAAUGAACCACAGUGCCACACUCUCAGCCACUUUAAACAUGCUGCAGAACUGGAAAUGUGUGAUCUGAAUCAAUAUGAGAGUUCUUCCUGUGCGUCUUGAUUCAUGUGUUUCAGUGGUUAAAUAUGGAAAUUUAACUACACAUAUGUAGUUGUUGAAGUGCUGUUGAAGAGUUACCAUGUGAAAAAUGUUGAUACCUCUUGACUCGUAUUGCAUGGACUUAUACAAGAGGUGAGAUUACUUUUUGUUUUUAUAUUUCUUAAUGGCUCCAUCAUAGUCAUCUUGGUGAAUUAACCAUAAAACCUCUGAGUCUGAUUUUAAAGAGUAGAUGUAGUGAUUGUCAUCAGGCUACUGAACAUGCCUCAACAUCUCCCUCCUAGUCCUUGUCUAUACAGUGCACUGGCUGAACCUGCUUGACCUCUUUAAUUCACCAUCUGCAGUGAUUGUCGUCACACUCAGUGGUCAAAUUUUGGAGGAGUUGUCAGUGUCCGUGGCCAUAAUUUAAUUGCUCACUUUCCAGUUUACUUCAGACCAAUAAAGUGCUUCGAACUAUGUUUUUCAUGUACUUUCCCAGGAAAGCGUGUAAUGCUUCAUGUGUUAUACAUCUUAAUUGGGGUAAAAUCAAGUCCAAAAUAUGUAUUACUUCUCACUGGAGGCUUUAUGAUUGUCAGUUGACUACCGAUAUUCAGAGGGUAUUAGGGUCUUCGUUUAACCACCCGGCAAAAGGGAACAUUCAUCAUUUCAAUUCAACAAAGUAAGCCUGGUGGCACACAGGGAAAGUUCACUUGUGUUUGUUGUUUUAUGUUUUUUCUUUUCUUUUCUUUUUUUUAUUCAUUGUUUUCAUUUGGCCAUCUUACAGCUGUGCACGUGUUACUGAGCUAAAAUGCAUCGGCAGCUUUGAAUCAAUAACCAAAGGAGAUUCAUUACUUUUAUUGCAACCAAACAUUCACAUAUUCUGCAAUUAACACAAAUGUUAUACUUAAAUGCAAGAAACAAUUGUGCCUUCUUAGUCAUAUGACUUUUAUUAAACAACAGUGUGCAUGUCAUUUAGAGCACUUUAAAACCUUAUUUUGUAUUUAUUCUUGAGUCUUUGUUUCUGAUAUUGUUGUGCUAGUUACACUUAACUGUUCUCAUAAAGGCUUAGAUUUAGCCAAACCUUCCACAAUAUUUUUCAGUGUGCCGUUUCAACAUUACUGCCAUCAAACUGUGUAGCCUUAUCACUUCUCUAUUUCUUAUACAGUACUGUGUUAUUUUGCUGUGAUAUUUUCCCUUGUCAUUGCCAUCACCAUUGCCUUUAUUAGAUAGCACCAAUGUACCAGUAAGGAUUUUGGAAAAAUAAUCUUUAGGUUUUUUUUGUAUCUAAAAGCUAAAGUAAUAAGCCUUGUCAUGUUUGUUUUCUUUGGUUAGCGAUUUUGCAGCAAAGCCAUCACUUCCUCUUUCUGCUAACUGAAAUUACUUGAAAAUAGUUUUACUAAAGUGACCUUUUCCUUGUAGGUAGUCACAGCUCAUGUGAUAGACUGAUCUUUUGAGUCACCCUGUUGCCUGAUUUCUCAACUUCCUUUGCAAUUUUGGUUGUGGUCAAAGAAAAUAGUACCUAACAUAUUGCAUUAUGUGCAAGUAUCCCGGGUGCUGAUUUAAGAACGGCUUCCAGCCACAUCUAUGCGGUGGCUUAUUUUACCCUCUUGACAUAUGAGAGACCACACGCCAGCUAAUGAAAGGGGGCUAAUGACGGCACACAUCACUUGCAGUUUGCAAAAUAGUUUAUCUGUGAGGAGGGGUUUUGUGCAUGGGUUUCCUACAUCAAUCAUGGAUACAUUACAUACCAAUCAGUUUAUCUGUAUUUCAUGGUAGGCAUGCCUUAUGACUCAGAUCUGUCUUUAUAAAUGUGUUCUGCCUCUGAUUUUAGUCUUCUGGCCAGUGUUGAUUCUUCAAGGUGACUUAAGUUGGAGUGUUUUUAUUUGUGUGUGUGGAUUAUAGCCAUUCAUGUUCCAUCUGUUUCUCGGCCAAGAAUAGUUGUCAUUGAUGCUUGUAUGACAAUAUAUGUACAUGACUUUUAUUUUGUUAAAAACCCUCCAGUUAUCCUUUAGAGUUCAAUAAACUAUAUAUUUUUGCUUUC